AUGAAAUUCGUCGUUCUCUGUGCCCUCUUCGCUCUCGCCUCGGCCCACUACGGCUCCUCCGGUCACUUCGCCGGAAAGGCCGCCUUCAAGGGUGACGUCUACUUCGAGGGCUGCUACGAGGAGACCUGCCACAAGGACGGCUUCGACGGCUACGGCUGCAAGGCCGGUCGCUGUGCCUACAUCUGCCACCCCAAGGGCUGCUACGAGUCCCACGCCUACUCCCAGACCAGCGCUGAGAGCUGGGGUGAGCAGGAGGGCUACGGCAGGCGUUUCGAGAAGGGUGGCUCAAAGGGCCAGAGUCAGUACAAGGGUCACGUGCAGUUUGGCGGUCGUGUAGACUUCUCGGGCUGCACGUCGGAGUACUGCAACAACGGUGAGGUUGAGGGCUACAACUGCAAGGAUGGUCACUGUGAGACUGUCUGCAAGGGCAGCGAAUGCCACGAGGAGAAGCAGUACGGUUACGGCUACGGCUAUUAG